UCCCACCGUCAACACCUCCCGAGGCAGCCUCCUCUUGCGGCGGCCACCACGCUCAUCCGACACACACAAGAGAGGCGCGCGGAUCAAAUCGUGACGGAACAUUUGAAUGGUGCUAUCGAGGAUUAACUACCUAAAGUGACGUGUUUUAUCGAGGACGUGUCUUGUUCCUGUCGUCCGUGGAUGUACUCUCACUACCCAACAACGUCUUCUAGUCAAAAGCGAGUCAGAUAAGACUACACUAGUCAAAGAGACAUCGAGCCGUAAACAGGAAGUGCUGCAUAUCUCUACCUCAGCCAGGCCCAAGAGUUACGCCUCCCAACACCUGACCGUCGAAGGCGCAGCCCCCUGAAGAAACGUACCCGGGUGCGGGAAAAAGGUUGAGCACAGGAUGAGAGGCUGGUUCGACGCCUUCCGGACAGAGGGCGGCCCUACACUCUACGCUUACAGCAACCGCACGAGUGUCACCGGCGAUGUCCCCACCAUCACCAUCUGCCUCCUCUUCCUCACCAUCUUCAUCGCCUUCGUCAUCAUCUUCCCUGGAGUCAGAAAAGAGAAGUUCUCUACGCUCUGCACAGUGACGCUGAGCUUGCUGGUGGGCAUCGUCAUCUGCAUAUGCAACGUGGGCUCGUCGUGGCAUGUUGCUCACGGCGUCAUCAGGUCGUCGUACCGAGCCUUCUCCCGCGAGAAGAUCGACGCCACUCUGGGCGUCGCCAUCGGCCUCGACCACGCCAACGUCACCAUGAGGGUCAUACCCCAGCACAACCGCAGCCUCGAUAUCAACUUCAACGAGCGCUUCCACUGGAUCCAGCCCACCGACAUGCGUAAACACUACCGCGAGGCGCUGGUCAAGGGCCUGCCCUACCCUAUUCUCACGGUGGCAGAGUACCUCACGCUCGACAACGAGGGCUUCGCCUGGGGGAGGUACUACCGCAUCGCAGGAUACUACACCAGCAUCUUCCUCUGGUCGGCCUUCGCGUCGUGGCUGCUGAUGAACGUGCUGCUGGUGAACGUGCCCCGCUACGGCGCCUACACCAUGAUGGUGACGGGGCUGCUGAUGGGGCUCUCCAACCUCGUCUUCUACCUCCUCAUGCCCCCGAAGCCCCUCGACAUGCGCUUCGAAGAAACCACCCUCACCUUCCGCCUGGGCUGGUGCUUCUGGCUCUCACUCGUUGUCGGAUGUCUUGUGACCAUAUCAGGGCUAAUCGUAUCAAUGUUGGACUGCAUCUAUCCACACAAAUUCUCCACUAUUCUGGAGGUUGACUUCGACACGCCCUACGACCGUCACAUCAUCAUUGAAGACUCCCACGACACGAGGAAACGUCGAUUCAAGAUUCCCCGCUUGGAGGAGCCACUCAACGCUGGACUCAACGCCGGUUCCAGACUUCUCAGGCGACUGUCCAAGCGAGGGAAGGAGACUACCGAAGAGAAUGAGCCCAAGAUCACCCCUGGCAUCGACAACCACGCUUUUGAGAUGGAGCCUCCAAAGGCUCCUUGGAAAUAUCCUAACUUCAUGAUGCGAACAGAUUCCAAAAAAUCGACAAAAUCUGUAAACUUCCGGUCGGCGUCGCAAAGAUCACAACAAUUCCUGGACAUCCCGCAACUGCCGGACUACGAAGAAAAAGUCAAACCCUUCCAGCGAUCAGACUCUAAACAGAGCAGCAUGUCGUCUAUAUCUGUGGCGUCCUCGCCCAAGAGUGUCAACUUUGAGGACCCGGCGCUGCCAGGACCCAGCGUCCAUCCUGGUGGAGCCGAGGCUGUCCCUGAAGUCACCAUACUUCGGCAGGAUUCCAGCCAAUCAGUAGCGUCAUCCUCCUCUUCCUUUGGUUUAGGGAUGCUUUCUCGGAACCCAAGUGUCCGUAGAAUCUCCAACGAGGAAAAUAAUCACCCUCCAGUGGCGAGAAACAACUCCGGCAAUAUAAUUGUGUUCCACCGCACAGACUCUCGCGGCCAGUUACAGAGGUUGAAUGGUGAAGUCGUAGAAAUCCAGACUGACGAUUCGACAGAUAUGUGGUGAAUCCUCGAGGGUUCGUGUGUGAAAAAUCCGGCUUAAAUUAUAUAUUUAUGAAGGAGUCACGCCGAUGCUCUCUUGUUUACCCGAAGUCCAAAUAACAAUUUUGUGUUAUUUUUAUUUACUCGUUACCAGUGGGUAAAUUAUGACUUUACCCAUUAUUUGUGGGCAAUUCGUCUCUUGUGGACUUAAGAGAACACGAGAGUUAAUGGAUAAUUCCAGUAGCUCGGAUGCUGUAUAAAUUUGUAUGGCUUCCGAAGUGAAACUCAGUGAUUAAUAUGUACACGAAUAUAUAUAUAUAUAU